AACGCUCAUAACUUAUAUCGAAACCUGACGACGCAACUCCGGCUGGGGGAUCGUCUCGCUAGUCUUCAUCAUCGUCAUCGCCAUCUCGAUCUCUUAAACCUCUUCUCACCAUCUAACACCUCUUAACACCUCUUGACACCUCAUAACACCCCGCAAGCCUCACACUUACCGCCGCUCCUGAACACAUCCCGACAUCCCUAUCAACUCCCGAACUAUCAUUCAUCUUUAAAUUGUCAUGGCAGCACUCGCAGCACCGAUGCGUCAGAUAAUCAAAGAAGAGACCACUUGUCUCCUUUCUGCCGCGGCCGAGUCGGUCUCUACAUCAUCUAUUAGUUCAGCCGCAGGGAUGGGCAUGGCUGUCAGAGAGGCGGUCGUCAAAGAAGCAGGGAUAGGAAUGGGAGCGGUCAGGGAGGCGGGGAUAGGAGCUGUCAGGGAGGCGGCGGUGAAAGAAAGUCCGUUGGCGGUGAGCAGGGUCGGAGGUGGGGUGGCUGAGGAGGGCGUGGCAGGGGCUACAGGCCGGACGAACGUCGCUCAACACCUCGAGAUACUUAAUAAUAACCUCAAAUCCGCCGUCCAUCCUCCUACCGGGACUGCCCACCCGAUAUCUACGACGAGCUCCACUCCCACAUCCUCGCUACACGUAGCCAGCCCGCCCGUUCCUCCUAUUCCCAACGCCCACCUACACCCCACCUUGAUCUCACCUUCGAUUUCCACGAUCUUAGAAUCGCUCUCUUCCUCAAUCUCCUCUACGGCCCGCACGUCAGCAGAGAAGAGCAGCAGCAAGAUCUUCAGCCUAGAAGGCGGUCUGAAAGAGGCCGUAGAGAAUGCUCUGCAGACGGGGGUGCAGGAACAGGUCGAGGUUGUUGUUGAUACGGCCGAGGUGUCGAACUUGAACUUGAACUUGAAUCUGAAUUUGGGUUAAGGGAGGUCAAGUUGCAAGUUGUAGACACUUCCUAAGGGUCUACAAUACUCUCUGGUCCGGAUUCUGUUUCCCGUCCGUUUGGUCGGUUGGAUUUGGUGGCUUGUAACUUAGUACGAAUACUGUAUCCUAAGUCUUUAUACCUUGUACUCGGACGCAUCUGUAUGAUCCUGUGUCGACGUUGUCGACGGCUUUACGCGUCUAUAUAUGGUCCCCCCCAA